GCUGACACUUCUCUACACUGUUGAUUGGAGUUUUGGUCCAUUAUGAAGCAGAGUAAGCCUUGAGGAGAAGACAUGGAUUUUGCACAGAGGUUUUGGCUCUUCCUUCUUGUGAAACCCAAAGAACUUAACUCUGAAAAUUAUGCUGUGAAUAUCAAAGUUUCAUGUCUGUAAGUAAAUUCUAGUACAUGAGAAUCAGAAUGAAAAGAUGGCAGCCAUGCUGUUACCAACGGGUCCUAAUGGUUUGCAGCGGUUUACUCGCGAAUCCUUGGCUGCGCUGGAGCAGCGGAUUGUGGAGGAGCAGGCCAAGAAUGCCAAGGUUUGCCAGGAGGCUCACAGGAGCGCAGAGCCACCCAAACCCAUGGCCGACCUGGAGGCAGGCAAGCAGCUGCCACGCAUCUAUGGUGACAUCCCUCCAGAACUUAUUGGGGUGCCACUGGAAGAUAUUGAUCAAUUUUACUACAAGAACCAGAGGACUUUUAUAGUCCUUAACAAGGGGAAGGCCAUCUUCAGAUUCAGUGCCACAUCUGCACUUUACAUUUUUAGUCCUUUUCACUUCAUCAGAUCAAUUGCAAUUAAAAUUUUAGUCCAUUCUUUGUUUAGCCUGUUCAUAAUGUUCACUAUACUGACCAAUUGUUUCUUCAUGGCCAUGUCUGAUCCAGCACCAUGGACCAAGUACCUGGAGUAUACUUUCACUGCCAUUUACACAUUUGAGUCAGCAAUAAAGAUAUUAGCCAGAGGAUUUUGUAUGGUACCGUUUACUUUCUUGAGAGACCCAUGGAACUGGUUGGACUUCACCGUCAUUGUCAUGGCAUAUGUGACAGAAUUCGUGGACCUUGGAAACGUCUCUGCAUUAAGAACCUUCAGAGUAUUACGAGCACUGAAAACCAUAUCAGUCAUUCCAGGUCUAAAGACUAUCGUUGGCGCUUUGAUCCAGUCUGUGAAGAAGCUGGCAGAUGUGAUGAUCCUAACUGUCUUCUGUCUCAGUGUGUUUGCCCUCAUUGGCCUACAGCUUUUCAUGGGGCUCCUGCGACAAAAGUGUGUCCGCAGCCUUGCGCAUUGUGUCAACUCCUCAUUCAGCCCCAACGGAUCCUUCUUCUGCAACAACAGAACCUGGAGCUCCAGUGUGGACUUUCUCACCAGUGAAGAUAAUUUUUACAAAAUUGAAGGAGCAAAGGAUGCCUUAAUAUGUGGAUAUGGAAGUGAUGCAGGGAGGUGUCCAGAUGGAUUUGACUGCCUAAAAGUAGGAAGAAACCCAAACUAUGGCUACACCAGUUUUGAUACCUUCGGCUGGGCCUUUCUGGCCCUUUUCCGUCUUAUGACACAAGACUACUGGGAAAAACUGUUUCAUCAGACUCUGCGAUCAGCAGGGAAGACCUACAUGAUUUUCUUUGUUCUGGUAAUCUUCCUGGGCUCCUUCUACCUGAUAAACCUGAUUCUAGCAGUAGUGGCAAUGGCCUAUGAGGAGCAGAAUCAGGCCACCAUUGCUGAAGCCUGGCAAAAGGAUAGGGAGUUUCAGCUGGCUAUGGAGCAGCUUCGAAGAGAGCAAAGAUUGGCAGCAAAGAGCCAAGCGCAGGAGACAGACUCUGUGUUGUCCCCAGAGGUGUCUCCAUUUUGUCUCAAGACUGGAAGCAUAAGGCGAAACAGCAGCAGAAGAAGAACAUCUCACAGGAUGUUGUCAGAGGAAACAGCAGAAGAAGCUGCUGGGGAGAAGUCUGACCUGCUGGAAGAGCCAGUGCCUCCUUUGUCUCCCCUGCCAGUCCACCCUCUGCUGGCCACAUUCUCCUCUCACCCCCUCAGCACCAGAAGAGGAAGCCAGAACAGCAUCUUUAGCUCUUUCUGGCCGCGCAACAACUCGGAGGCUGACUUCGGGGAUGACGAGUUUAGCGUUGGGGAUGCCUUCAGGAGUUGUGCCAGUUCAACAGCAACACCCUGGAAGAGGAGGACAGGCAGUGUAAGGAGCCACUGCUCACAAGUCCUCAACUCCAACCUCAACAUCAAUGGCCUGCUCAACCUUUCCCUGGACCAGAACAGAGUCACCACUGUGGGCCUGCUCACCCCUAUAUCUAUGCCUGCUCACAGCAUGGAUAGGGUCAGGGGAGACACAAAGUCCACCAGUGCAGAGGACACUGCUCCCAGGCCUUUCCUCCAGCCUUCCUCAACAGUGACAGAGCCUCCUCCAGUGCACAGGAAAAGAGGGCUGAGCUUGGUCAGCUUCUUCAGUGGUGCCAUGGAUGAACUGCAGGAGUCAAGGCAAAAGUUUCAUCCCUGCUGGUACACAUUUGCCAAGAAGUACUUGAUAUGGGACUGCUGCCCCUGGUGGCUGAAGAUGAAGGAGUGGGUGAAGAUCAUGGUGAUGGAUCCUUUUCUGGAUCUAGGUAUCACCAUAUGUAUUGUGCUGAACACACUUUUCAUGGCCCUGGAGCACUACCCCAUGACUGAGGAGUUCAACACCAUGCUCUCAGUGGGCAAUCUGGUAUUUACAGGGAUCUUUACAGCUGAGAUGGUGCUGAAGCUGAUUGCCCUGGACCCCUAUUAUUACUUUCAGCAGGGUUGGAACAUCUUUGACGGCAUCAUUGUUUGUCUCAGUCUAAUGGAGUUGGGCCUCUCCAAUGUAGAAGGACUUUCUGUCCUGCGGUCAUUCAGACUGUUACGAGUCUUCAAGCUGGCAAAGUCCUGGCCCACUCUCAACACUCUCAUCAAGAUCAUUGGUAACUCAGUGGGUGCACUGGGAAACCUGACACUGGUGUUGGCCAUCAUUGUCUUCAUCUUUGCUGUGGUGGGCAUGCAGCUGUUUGGCAAGAACUACCAGGACUGUGUGUGUAAGAUCUCCAAUGACUGUCAGCUACCUCGCUGGCAUAUGAAGGACUUCUUCCACUCGUUUCUGAUUGUGUUUCGGGUGCUGUGUGGAGAGUGGAUCGAGACCAUGUGGGACUGUAUGGAAGUGGCUGGGCAGCCCCUCUGCAUCUUGGUAUUCAUGUUGGUCAUGGUCAUAGGGAACUUGGUGGUGCUGAACCUCUUUCUGGCCCUGCUGCUCAGCUCCUUCAGUUCUGAGAACCUCUCUGCUCCAGAUGAAGACGGCGAUUUGAACAACAUCCAGGUUGCUAUCACUCGCAUCCAUGUAGGUGUCACCUGGCUUGUCACAAGUGUUGUCACCCUCUUCAACCGCAGCUUGAAAUGUCGAAAGCAGAAGGCCAAAGAAGCCAGUCAGGCUAUGAAGCUGGCUGGCAAUCAUGUGGAAAGCAAUGGAGGAUUUUUUGGACACUAUGGAGAGAAGUACAUAAUACCAGAGGAAGACAGCUACGUGACUAACCCAAAUCUGACUGUCAUUGUUCCCAUUGCACCUGGAGAGUCAGAUGUGGAGUUUCUGGAAGAGGAGGAGUUUUCAGAGUCAUCAGAGGAUGAAGACAACAAGCUGGACAAGUUCAGUCUGUCAGAGGGCAGCACUGUGGACCUGAGGAAACCUGGGGAGGAGUCGGACAAUGUGUUGGCGCUGGCUGAACAGAGCAUGGAGCCAGAAGAAUGCUUCCCAGAAUUAUGCAUGAGACACUGUCGGUGCGGUGACAUUGACCACAGCCAUGGUCUGGGCCAGGCCUGGUGGAGGCUGAGGAAGACCUGCUACCAGAUUGUGGAGCAUAGCUGGUUUGAGACCUUCAUCAUCUUCAUGAUCCUGCUCAGCAGCGGGGCUCUGGCAUUUGAAGAUAUCUACAUUGAGAAGAGAAAAGUCAUUAAGGUGGUGUUGGAGUACGCUGACAAGAUCUUUUCCUACAUCUUUGUGCUGGAGAUGUUCCUCAAGUGGACUGCAUAUGGUUUCAAGAAAUAUUUCACCAACUACUGGUGCUGGCUCGACUUUCUUAUUGUAGAUGUGUCCUUGAUAAGCCUGGUAGCAAAUUCACUGGGAUAUUCUGACUUUGGAGCGAUCAAGUCCCUGAGGACCCUGCGAGCUUUGAGACCUCUCAGAGCUCUGUCCAGAUUUGAGGGAAUGCGGGUGGUCGUGAACGCUCUUUUAGGAGCCAUCCCUUCCAUCAUGAAUGUGCUGCUCGUGUGUCUCAUCUUCUGGCUCAUCUUCAGCAUCAUGGGAGUCAACCUGUUCUCUGGCAAGUUUGGGAAGUGUGUGAACAGAACAGGCUUCAUACACAGCAUCUCUGUAGUCAACAACAAGUCUGAGUGCCUUGCCAUGAAUGACACCCAGUUCUACUGGACAAAAGUGAAAGUUAACUUCGACAAUGUGGGACUCGGCUACCUUUCCCUUCUGCAAGUGGCUACAUUUAAGGGAUGGAUGGAAAUAAUGCAUGCAGCUGUUGAUUCAAGAGGAGUGGAGGAACAACCUAUGAGAGAAAUCAACCUCUACAUGUACCUUUACUUUGUUGUCUUCAUCAUUUUUGGCUCCUUCUUCACCCUCAAUCUCUUCAUCGGUGUCAUUAUUGACAACUUCAAUCAGCAGAAAAGAAAGAUGAGUGGACAGGAUAUCUUCAUGACUGACGAACAGAAGAAGUACUAUAAUGCAAUGAAGAAGUUAGGAACUAAAAAGCCACAGAAGCCAAUACCGAGGCCUGCGAACCUUCUCCAAGCCUUCUUCUUCGAUCUCGUGUCCAAGCAAGCCUUUGACAUCAUGAUCAUGAUGCUCAUCAUCAUCAACAUGGUGACCAUGAUGGUAGAAACUGAUGAGCAGUCACAGCGAAUGGAGUCCAUCCUCAACAAGAUCAAUCUGGUCUUCAUUGUGAUCUUCACCACUGAAUGCCUGAUCAAGAUUUUUGCCCUCCGUUGUUAUUUCUUCACAGUUGCAUGGAACAUAUUUGAUUUUGUGGUGAUAAUUCUCUCUAUUGUGGGGAUUGUUCUUGCAGACAUCAUUGAAAAGUACUUUGUAUCCCCCACCCUGUUUCGAGUCAUCAGACUGGCAAGGAUAGGACGUGUCCUCCGACUUAUUCGUGCAGCCAAAGGAAUUAGGACUUUACUGUUUGCCUUAAUGAUGUCCAUGCCAGCACUGUUCAACAUUGGCCUCCUGCUUUUUCUUGUCAUGUUCAUCUAUGCUAUCUUUGGUAUGGCAAACUUUGCCUACGUGAAAAAACAAGACGGGAUUGACGACAUGUUUAACUUUGAGACCUUUGGGAACAGUAUGAUCUGUCUUUUUCAGAUCAGUACCUCUGCAGGCUGGGACAACCUCCUGAGCCCCAUAAUGUCCACCUCCCCAGAUGAGUGUGAUGUUAACUUUGUCAAUACUGGUACUAACACCCGGGGAAACUGUGGCAGCCCCUCAGUGGGCAUAGCUUUCUUUGUCAGUUACAUAAUCAUUUCUUUCCUCAUUGUGGUAAAUAUGUACAUAGCUAUCAUUCUGGAGAACUUCAGUGUUGCCACAGAGGAGAGUACAGAACCACUGAGUGAGGAUGACUUUGAGAUGUUUUAUGAGGUUUGGGAGAAGUUUGAUUCUGAGGCCACACAGUUCAUAGAGUUUUCCAUGCUGUCAAACUUCGCUAAUACUUUGUCGGAGCCGCUGCGCAUAGCCAAGCCUAACAUGUCCAAGCUGAUCUCCAUGGACCUUCCCAUGGUCAGUGGGGAUAGGAUCCACUGCCUGGACAUCCUGUUUGCCUUCACAAAGAGAGUCCUGGGAGAGUCAGGGGAGAUGGAUGCCCUAAAGCAGCAAAUGGAAGAGAAAUUCAUGAUGACAAACUCCUCCAAGAUUUCCCAUGAGCCCAUUACGUCUACACUACGCCGCAAACUGGAGGAGGUGUCUGCAAUUAUCAUCCAGAGGUGUUACAGGAAGCAUCUGGUGCGCAGACAGAUGAAGCAGGCAUCUUACCUCUACAGACAAAUAAACUAUGUGACUGUGGUGGAUGUGGAGAACGGCCCAGAAACAGAGGGGCUGAUAGCUUCCAUGAUACAGCACUAUGAGCCUGUAGGGGAGGAGGCUGUACAGACAACAGAGGACACACUAAUGUCCUCACCACCAUCUUAUGACAGUGUGACCAGGGCAGCCAGUGACCUCUCUGAGGUUGUCAGAUCAACAUCCAAAAGCUCUGAACACGGGGAGCCUGGUGAAAACUACAAGGAAACUUUUCUUUGUGACUUGCUUGUGUGA